AUGGCAGGAAAAGGAAAAGGAGCAGGAGGAAGAGGAAAGGCAGGAUCAGCCAGACCAGUAUCCAGAUCUUCAAAGGCUGGAUUACAGUUCCCAGUAGGAAGAAUCGCCAGGUUCUUGAAGCAAGGAAGAUAUGCAGAGAGAAUUGGAGCUGGAGCUCCUGUAUACAUGGCAGCUGUUCUCGAGUAUCUCGCAGCUGAAGUUCUUGAGCUUGCUGGAAAUGCUGCUAGAGAUAAUAAGAAGACCAGAAUCGUCCCAAGACAUAUUCAACUUGCCAUUAGAAAUGACGAGGAAUUAAACAAGUUGAUGAGCAACACAACUAUUGCCAACGGAGGAGUGUUGCCAAACAUCCAUGUAUUCUUGCUUCCAAGCAAGAAGGGAGAUGCUUCCCAAUAA